UCGACGGAAGAGAGAGAGAGAGAGAGAGAGAGAGAGAGGUGACUGUAGAGUGAUGGGACCCGGCUGAGGGAACAGCAGCGAGUGAUCAGUCUCCGAGGUGGUAAUGACAGGUAGACAGAUGUGAAGGAUGACUUCUUGCUCAGAGAUCUGUGGGUCGGAGUAUGCAGAGCAAGCUCAAGCCAGUGGGAACUGCCAGCAGUAUGGAGUCCGCUCCUACCUACACCAGUUUUAUGAGGAAUGCACAGCUUCUAUCUGGGAACGUGAUGAAGAUUUUCAGAUUCAGAGAUCGCCUAGCAGGUGGAGCUCUUUACUCUGGAAGGUCUGUCUCGCGUUUGGCACCCUGAUCUUGUUUGCAGGCCUCAUUGUUCUUUUGGUGGGUUAUGCCACUCCAACCAGGUUCGAAACAUUUGGCGAGGAUGAUCUCCUUUUUGUUGACAGCCAUGCUGUCAGUUUCAACCGUGCACUGGAUGUCUGCAAGCUGACUGGUGCUGUGCUAUUCUGUGUGGGAGGCACCUCCAUGGCUGUGGGUCUCCUGCUGUCUGCCUUUGCCAAAAGCUACUCCAAAGAAGAACUGUAUCUGCAGCAGAAGUUUAAGGAGAGGUUGGCGGAUCUGCAAGCAACAGUUGGUACCCCCAUAAUGAGAGCGCCUACCCCUGGAGAGGGAAAGGUGCCAGUCACACUUUCCAAAGUCCAGAACAUCCAGCCAACGACCACAAAGUCAGAGACCUGACAGAAGUCCAGAUGAAGGCAUAAAGUGAAGAAGUGUGUGUGGUGAUUGACUGGUGUGCAGACUAAGCGUGAGUGUGAACAGGCGUGUGUAUGUCGAUCUAUGUGUGCAUUUUCUCUUUUGAAAGGUCAGCUUACGUGACUGCUAGUAUUGGUUUUUCAUCUUUAUUAGCUGUGUUUGACAUUAAAGCUCGGUUUUAAGGUUAUAUGUGUAGAGUUAAUAUAGCUGAGCAAAGUUUAAGUCUGCUUUUUUUGAACAUCAGUUGGUCAAAUUCCUAGUAAUCUGACAAAGCACACACAGGUCUGGAGCCCGAUCCAGAAAACAAACCACAAAAACAAAUCAAUAGAACACAGCUUCUGAACAACAUCAUCAUAGUAUCCAGAGUAUUUUCUCUGUCAAGGGGUUUCACAUUUUGUAAAAGAGGAUGGUGUUACUGCUGUAGGGUGUAGAGCAGCAGUUGCAGUGUUUGAAGUUGUUGGUGAUUGCCCCCCAUACAUAGAAAUGAUCAAAAGAAGUACAGAACACACAACUAUUAUUAUCUCUGCCUUGUGUCUAAAAGUGUUUUUAUGUGCAGAAUACAUUGUGUGUGCUGUGUGUGUGUACAUGUAUAUGCAGUGCAACUUCAUCACAACACUCAGUGAGAGCUGUCAAUCAAAACCGCACAAUAUAAAUACACAUGCUUUAGCUUAGGGAUACAUCUUUUAUGUACUGUUUACAUGCAACAACAAGCCAGGAGAAGUCUUAACAGAUACUUGGCUCGAAGUUCACACAUCAUCAGAAGAGAUUAGAGAGAAACACAGAUUAGAACAGACCUUCAGGGUAGAUUUCAUGCUGACAUUUCUUCUUGCCUUAUUAGGCCUCUGACCUUGUCUCUUUCAGUGAAUCUUCAGACACGAUCAAUAGACGAGACCAGACAGACUGAUGAAAGGUACAUUGAACCAGAUGGAACAUGCAGAACAACAUAGUCUGUCAUUUAAAACAAACCAUAGCCAAACAGAUCAUUUUCAAGAUCAUAAAAAAAAGAGACAUUCAUCAUGACCACUAUCUCAUGUUGUUUUAUUUUUCACUUCAUUACCCGUGUUCCUCUUUCCCCUGUCCUACCAUUCUCUUUCAGUCACACAAACAAGCAUGUAGACACACACCUAUCCAUCCAAGCAGGCACAUUUUUGUAACAUUUUGAAUCAAAAUGUUGACAGUUCUGAGUCAUGAGUUGGUAAAAAAAAAAAAAA